GUGGGCAAAAGGGUCACAUGGUGAAAGAAUGUAGACAACAGCAGAAGGACAGGCGCGUACAGGAGAGUGAUAUUAGCACGGGGACCUCCUCAUCAGAUGAGGAGGAUUUCCGACCGACAUGGAAUAAAACAGAGGAGGGAGCUAUGACAGCGGUAAAGGCCUCUGUGCCUUGGUUCGAAUCGCCUACCUCAAGUGAGGACGAAGGCGACAUUUCAGCCGGUAGCAAUCAUGUUUUCGACACAGAAAACUACCUGCUGAGAUGUCAAACCUCGUCCAUUACUAAACCGGAAAUGACGUUGUUGGUUGAAGGAAUCCCGACCGUCUUCCUUGUUGACACAGCCGCCGAUAUCACUGUUCUCGGUCGUUGGAAUCGCGAUACUGUGAAGCCAGGCGACGCCAAAAUUCGCAUGAACGGAUCACACGGCUCCGUGCAUCCCCUGAUGUUCUCGCAAACAGUAACCAUCACUUCCCCCACAACCCCAGACCGGAAGGCACUCGUCGAAGCUGCAUUAAACCCUCGCUCUCCGCACAAUUUAUUGGGACGAGAUGCUCAAACGCAACUUGAGAUUUACACCAUCGUAAAUCACAAGGGCCAGGUCGAAGCCUGCAGGGGGAACAGUCAAGAUGAUGCUCGCUAUUUUUGGAUGCUCGAUUUACCGAACGAUGACGUAACUCGGAGUUCCGAAUGUCUAGUUCGAUUGGCAGGUACCAAAUUAAAGCCAGGAGGUAACGCGCAAACGGCAAACAACCUGCACGUGACCAUAAGACGUAAGCAGACACCGGGACCAGACCCGGACUACACUACAGUUUUUCUGGGCCUGGAACCACAGGGUAUUGUUAUUGAGCACGUGUAUUGGAAAGAUCAGUGGUGUUUCGCCACAGCGCGGGUGGGAAGGGCGGUCAAGACCCUCCUCCCACAAGGGCAACACCUUUACAUACCGCUCGGCAAACCAGAGCAAUGCGAGUGGAAAAAUAUGAAUAACCUUGCCAGCUCCGUUCCAAACCACCUGUGGAGCCCUUCCCCCGCCAAUCCGGGGUGCGAGGAAACACAGGAUGGCUGGGUGCGUCAAUACAUCAAUUGGAAAGUGAUGACUACCCUGGCCGUUCAUUUCAGCUGCCAAAUUGAUGAUUUGAAAUCAAGACAAAUUGAAGCACCUCACACAGAACGAAAAUAUUGGACAAAUAAGAGAGCACAACCGGAUGACGCAGGGAUAGAGACAUUGGAAGACGGGAAACGUUGGCUUCCAAUCUCUCUCUUCGAGUGCGCCGCGAGGUUGACACAUGGCUUGUCACGUGUCAACAGGGGGAUGAUAGCAAUGAUAGCACAGGUGCACCAAUAUUAUCAUACACCUGGAAUUAUGCAUUUUUCAAAAAAAAAUUGUAGAUGUUGUGUAAUCUGUUUGAACAAAACACAAGGGAAACGACACUGUCUUGUCAUUGUUGAUGUGUUUUCAAAAUCGGUUGAACUGUCUUCGAGCGCACGCGAUGAUUCGUGAACUGUCGUGAAAGCAUUGGGCGAAUUGUUGGACAUUGAUUCGAAGCGACACUGUGCGUACCACCCGCAAUCGGCUGGAUUUGUGGAACGCACUGACGGAACUGUCAAAGCCAGGCUCAUUAAGACAAUGAGAGAGACUAAAAGACUGUUUGAUCAGAAAGAGAUGCAUAGGCACAAUGACUUGCCAGGGUGUUCUGCGCCACAGACUCGCCAGGUCCGGAUUAGUGAUCAGAAUUUCCUCAAGGUGCUGAAAAGACUUCUCUGGGACAGUGAACGCUGGAAUGGCCCCUCCCAAGUGAUUGCAGCAACAAAAA